UGAAAUGAAACUGAGAGGACUUGACCUUACAAUUUCCAUCCUCAGUUUGCAAUUGCAAAACAUUGGGUGGGGGAAAGGUCCAAAAUGAAAACUGUGUACUUCUGUUCUUUCUUUUUUUUUCUUUUUUCUGUACACUUCCCUUCCCUAACUGCACCUUUCUGCUCCCACUUUGGUCAUUACUAAUAUCCGCCACCAGAGACGACAAAAGGUUAAUGGGGAUUGGUGAUUCCUCAGUUACCUUUUCCUUCUGAUUUCUGAGUCACACACACAUGUAUAUACCCUAUCUUAAUUUCUUUUGAGUGUCAAUUAGCUAGGAUUCAUGUGAUGAGUCCAUGCAGUUUGUACAAUUGUACUAUAUAUAUAAUAUAAUUACUAUAUAGUAUAGUAGAAAUAUUAAUUAUAUCAUUAUUGUUAUGGUCAUUGAGAAAUGAGGAUGGGAAGAAAAUGUUCCUAUUGUGGAAACUUUGGUCACAAUUCAAGGACUUGCAACACUCACAAAAGGGGACUAAAGCUUUUUGGAGUGCAACUUGACCUUUGUUCUUCUUCUUCUUCAUCAUCAUUGCCUUUAACAUCUCCAUGCACCUCUUCUUCUUCAUCAACACCCUUUGAUAUCAUGAAAAGAAGUUUGAGCAUGGAUUACCUUGUAUCUUCACGAAUCAUCUCACCCUCUUAUAAUUUUCUGCUUGGUGGUGGUGCGGAUGAAAAUUCAUCAGAUAAAACAAUAACUGAUGGGUACAUAGCCAGUGUCGGCGGUGGUGGACUCACUUCAACAACUCAUCAUCAAGAAAGGAAAAAAGGUGUGCCAUGGAGUGAAGAGGAGCACCGGAAAUUUCUUGAAGGACUGGAGAAGCUGGGGAAGGGUGAUUGGAGAGGCAUUUCUAAAAAAUUUGUUAUAACAAGAACACCAUCUCAAGUGGCUAGUCAUGCACAAAAAUUUUUUUUGCGUCAAACUAGCUUCAAUCAAAGAAAGCGCCGUCGUAGCCUCUUUGAUAUGGAAAGAGAUGAAACCACUACACUUGAACAGUUUAAUACUUGUUUCAAGGCAAGUGGUCAAUUUGGGUCCCCAUCAGGGACUAUAAUUACUUGUCCUCAGUGGGUUUCUUGCAAUCAUUCAGUGCUGAAUUGGGCAACCACUUCAACAAACUACACUCAUCAAAGUGCUUCCCCAGACCUAGAACUCAAACUAGCUGUUCCCAUUCUAACAGAGCCAUGCGGCAGAACAGAAUUAUAAGUACGUGUGGUAUUUGACAUAUUGUAGCUUCCAUUCCAAUAAAUGUGCUUAUUAGUUUAUGUAAA